AUGCCUGCAAUAACUCCUGAGUUACAACAGAAGGCAGCCUUUGGUCUGAGAUUUCCUUUGAAAAUUGUCAUCCGUGGGGACAGGAACACUGGGAAGACCACACUCUGGCACCGACUGCAGGGAAAGAAAUUUAUUGAGGAAUAUAUCCCAACUCAGGAGAUCCAAGUCACCAGCAUCCACUGGAAUUAUAAAACCACUGACGAUAUUGUUAAAGUUGAAGUCUGGGAUGUAGUUGACAAAGGAAAAUGCAAAAAACGAGGAGAUGGCUUGAAACUGGAAAAUGACCCUCAGGAGGCAGAGUCAGAAAUGGCUCUGGACGCGGAGUUCCUGGACGUCUACAAAAACUGCAACGGUGUCGUGAUGAUGUUUGACAUCACCAAGCAGUGGACAUUUAAUUACAUUCUGAGGGAGCUUCCUAAAGUGCCGACCCACGUUCCAGUGUGCGUGCUUGGGAAUUACCGAGACAUGGGGGAGCACCGGGUCAUCCUGCCCGGUGACGUGCGGGACCUCAUCGACAAUCUGAACAGGCCACCUGGCUCCUCGUACUUUCGCUACGCUGAGUCUUCCAUGAAGAACAGCUUUGGCCUCAAGUACCUGCACAAGUUCUUCAACAUCCCCUUCUUACAGCUGCAGAGGGAGACGUUGCUACGGCAGCUGGAGACGAAUCAGCUGGAUAUUGAUGCAACUUUGGAGGAGCUGUCAGUGCAGCAAGAGACAGAAGAUCAAAACUACGAACU